GAACGCUAAGAAGAAAAUGCUUCUUUUUGAUUGGUGGAUCGAGCCGGUACGAAAUGGCACGUUUGACAACCGCCAUUUUGCCGACGCCUGGCUGGGGAACAGGCGCUCAAAAUAUUAUAGUGAAUAUCAAGCCGCAUUGCGGCAAUCGGCUUAUUUUUCUGAAAGGUGUAGGAUAAGACAGUCAAAAUGUAUCUCUACAAUUUGACUUUACAAGGCUCAUCGUCUAUCACACAUGCCGUACACGGAAAUUUCUCCGGUACCAAGCAGCAGGAGAUAGUGAUAUCGCGUGGGAAGACGUUGGAGCUUCUCCGGCCGGACCCAAACACCGGCAAAGUGCAUACGCUAAUGAAGGUGGAAAUAUUCGGCGUUAUCAGAUCUAUGAUGUCAUUUCGUCUCACCGGCGGCACUAAAGAUUAUAUUGUAAUUGGGUCAGAUUCUGGUCGCAUUGUGAUAUUAGAGUAUAUUCCAAAGAAGAACAUUCUUGAAAAAGUACACCAAGAGACAUUUGGUAAAUCAGGAUGUCGCAGAAUUGUACCUGGACAGUAUUUGGCCAUUGACCCUAAAGGCAGAGCUGUUAUGAUUGGUGCAAUUGAAAAGCAGAAGCUAGUAUACAUAUUGAACAGAGAUGCAGAAGCCAGACUUACAAUUUCCUCUCCAUUGGAGGCACACAAGUCAAACACAUUGGUCUACCACAUGGUUGGAGUUGAUGUCGGCUUUGAAAAUCCCAUGUUUGCCUGCUUAGAAAUUGAUUAUGAAGAAGCAGAUGCUGAUCCUUCAGGUGAAGCAGCCCAAAAGACACAACAAACCCUCACAUUCUAUGAAUUAGAUUUAGGUUUGAACCAUGUGGUCAGAAAAUAUUCCGAACCUCUUGAGGAGCAUGCAAACUUCCUUAUAACUGUGCCAGGAGGCAAUGAUGGUCCUUCUGGAGUACUUAUUUGUUCAGAGAACUAUCUUACAUACAAGAAUUUGGGAGACCAGCACGACAUUCGAUGUCCUAUCCCUCGACGCCGAAAUGAUUUGGAUGACCCAGAGAGAGGCAUGAUCUUUGUAUGCUCAGCAACACAUAAGACCAAAUCAAUGUUCUUCUUCCUGGCACAGACUGAACAGGGAGACAUUUUCAAGAUCACCAUUGAGACAGAUGAAGACAUGGUCACUGAGAUCAAGUUAAAGUACUUUGACACUGUUCCUGUGGCUACAGCUAUGUGUGUGCUCAAGACUGGCUUCUUGUUUGUGGCGUGUGAAUUUGGCAACCACUACCUGUACCAAAUUGCUCACUUGGGUGAUGAAGAUGAUGAGCCAGAGUUCAGUUCAGCUAUGCCCUUGGAGGAAGGUGACACAUUCUUCUUUGCUCCAAGACCACUGAGGAAUCUGGUGCUAGUUGAUGAAUUGGAUUCUCUAUCACCCAUAUUAGCUUGUAAAGUCGCUGAUUUGGCUGCAGAAGAUACACCUCAAGUAUAUUUGGCUUGUGGUCGAGGACCAAGAUCUUCACUAAGAGCACUUAGACAUGGUUUAGAAGUAGCUGAGAUGGCCGUCUCUGAGUUGCCUGGUUCACCUAAUGCAGUAUGGACUGUCAGAAGACACAAGGAUGAGGAGUAUGAUUCUUACAUCAUUGUGUCGUUCGUAAAUGCCACGCUUGUGCUGUCUAUCGGUGAAACGGUCGAAGAAGUCACAGACUCUGGGUUUCUGGGCACUACGCCUACGCUUAGCUGUCACGCGCUGGGGGCAGACGCACUCGUGCAAGUAUAUCCCGACGGCAUCAGGCACAUUCGAGCUGACAAACGUGUGAACGAAUGGAAAGCACCAGGGAAAAAAUCGAUCGUGAAAUGCGCAGUUAAUCAGAGACAAGUAGUUAUUGCUCUGACAGGAGGAGAAUUAGUUUAUUUUGAAAUGGACCCUACUGGUCAACUAAAUGAAUAUACAGAGAGGAAGAAAUUGUCAUCUGAUGUAUCUUGCAUGGCACUGGGAUCUGUGGCUACUGGUGAACAAAGAGCUUGGUUCUUAGCUGUUGGACUAAAUGACAACACAGUCAGGAUUAUCUCUUUAGACCCAUCGGAUUGUCUAGCCCCACGCUCUAUGCAAGCUUUGCCGGCUGGCGCGGAGUCUUUGUGUAUUGUGGAACAACCAUUUGAGUCUGGUGCAAAGUCUGCCCUACAGCUAAACAUCGGACUGAGCAACGGAGUACUAUUGAGAACUACCCUGGACUCCGUUAGUGGUGACUUAGCUGAUACUAGGACUAGAUACUUGGGGUCGAGGCCAGUGAAAUUGUUCAAAGUACGCGUGCAGGCUGCCGAGGCAGUUUUGGCUGUUUCGUCAAGAACUUGGCUUGGCUACCACUACCAGAAUCGGUUCCACCUCACCCCUCUGUCAUAUGAAUGCUUGGAAUAUGCAGCUGGAUUUAGUUCUGAGCAAUGUGCCGAAGGUAUCGUCGCCAUCUCCUCCAACACCCUCAGAAUUUUGGCGCUAGAAAAGCUGGGUGCAGUCUUCAACCAGACAUACUUGCCUCUUGAAUACACACCCAGGAAAUUCGUUAUUAAUUCAGAUAACAACAACAUAAUCAUCCUUGAGACUGAUCACAAUGCAUAUACAGAAGAAAUGAAAAAUCAGAGAAGGGUCCAAAUGGCGCAAGAAAUGCGUGAAGCUGCUGCAGGUGGUGGUCCAGAGGAACAGCAACUUGCAAAUGAAAUGGCGGAUGCUUUCCUAUCUGACACUCUUCCUGAAAACAUCUUCUCGUCGCCUAAAGCAGGAGCAGGCAUGUGGGCUUCACAAAUCCGCGUGGUAGACAUGGGUGUCAGUGGUGGUCAACCGACCACGUUGUUCAAGUUACCACUGGAACAGAAUGAGGCGGCGGUGUCCGGAUGUAUCGUGCGAUGGGCCGCGCACGCCGAGCACGCACAGGCACACUUAGUCGUGGGAGUCGCUAAAGACAUGAUCUUGUCGCCGCGAUCUUGCACGGAAGGCAGUUUACAUGUCUAUAAGAUUUAUGGCAACACGGGAAAACUAGAGCUUAUCCACAAAACACCUGUAGAUGAAUACCCUGGAGCUCUGGCGCCAUUCAACGGAAGACUGUUAGCAGGAGUAGGGCGAAUGUUAAGACUGUACGACAUCGGCAGGCGAAAGCUAUUGCGCAAAUGCGAAAACCGACACAUUCCAAACCUUAUAGCCGACAUUAAGACUAUUGGUCAAAGAAUUUUCGCAUCAGAUGUACAGGAGUCCGUAUUCUGUCUGAAAUACAAAAAGAGGGAGAAUCAGCUGAUCAUAUUUGCGGACGAUACUAAUCCGCGAUGGAUCACAAACAGCUGUAUACUGGACUACGAUACAGUCGCCAUGUCUGAUAAAUUUGGCAACGUAGCCGUGAUGAGACUGCCACAAUCUGUCACAGAUGAUGUUGAUGAGGAUCCUACUGGAAACAAAGCUCUCUGGGAUAGAGGUCUUCUGAACGGAGCUUCUCAGAAAGGUGACGUCGUUGUCAAUUUCCACGUGGGGGAGACUGUUACGACGCUGCAGAGGGCUACUCUCAUCCCUGGUGGAUCUGAAGCCCUACUGUACGCAACCGUCAGCGGUUCCCUCGGCGUACUCCUUCCGUUUACCUCUCGAGAAGACCACGACUUCUUCCAGCAUCUAGAAAUGCACAUGAGGAGUGAAAACCCGCCACUGUGUGGUCGGGAUCACUUGUCAUUUAGGAGUUAUUAUUACCCAGUAAAGAAUGUGAUAGACGGAGAUCUGUGCGAGCAGUUCAAUUCGUUGGAGCCAGCUAAACAAAAGGCGAUCGCUGGCGACUUGGAGAGAACGCCCGCUGAAGUAUCCAAAAAGUUAGAAGACAUUAGAACUAGAUAUGCGUUUUAAGUUAUGGGGGUUUAUUGUAUUAAUUUAGUAUAAGGAAUAAAACAUAAUAUAAAA